GUGGUAUCUCGGGAACGUUUUGUGACCCAUCUGUUACUAUUUAUCAAACUACAGCCAUUCACUAUAGUCUUCCAGCAUGGUGACACUAGACCCCAUUACUGCAAGGCAGCCACUGGACUUCCUCAGUAACAUGAACGUUAACGUUUGGCCAUGGCCUGUAUGUUCGCUGGCCAAGAACCCCAUCGACAAUUUGUGGGAUCAUCUUGACAGGCAAGUCAGAUGGCGACCAAUACGACCAGUAAACCAGCAGGACUUGGAGGACGCCAUCAGGCAUUCGGAGCGGAGACGUGUUGUAGCCUGAAAUGAUGAAUGAGGCGGACAAAUGAGUGAUUUCUGACUUUACAGUGACUCACAAGUCUCUAGUCACACAUGCGCCUGAUCUAAGUUGACCCCCUGUUGUACCAUUAAUAGUCAUAAAUGUCUUCUUUUAUGGAGUGAUACAAAAAUAUAUUUUUUGUUGUUAAUGCUGGUGGCUUUGGAAGGUAGAGGUAUUCGGGAGACAAGGGAAUGAAAGAUAUCAUUAAUAUCUACUGACUUUUUGGUAGAAAACUGGCCUUGGUUUCGAUCAUUUCACAAUACAUCUUGGUUCUACAUUUUCAGCAAUUUGGAUGGGGUCCAAAGAAGACAGAACGAGGAAGAUGGACAUCACAGGCGGUUGAACAUCUUCGCAACCAAUUUCUUGAACACAUGUAUGACAAGGAAGGGAAGCUGAUACGUGGGAAGAUCUUGAUAUUUGGUCCUACCUGUGCUGGAAAGUCCUCCUUCUGUAAUGGCCUGAGAUCAGCACUGAAGGAUUCUGCCAACUACUAUGCCGUUGGUAAUCUUGUCGAGUCACUUACUAGCAACUUCCACUCUACACAAUAUGGUGACCACUGGAUUAUUGACAUGCCAGGAAUAUUUGAAUCUAAUGAUUCAAAAACGGAGAAUAUUGAAGCUAUUGUAUCCCGCAGGGUUCGCUUUGAUGCCCAGAUUACAAAACGUCUUGAUGUGACAGGCAACCUGCAAGAGGCACGAAGGGACGUGUCAUGUGUUGUGCUGGUUCUCCACCAUGGCAUCACUGUGGGUGAUGAAUUGAAACGUCAGAUAGAUGCUGUCAUACGAUUGGGGGGAGAUGGCGCUCUGUCCUACCACCUGGUGCUGACUCACCUGGAUGAGUGUGACCCACAGUUCAAGGACCCAGAUAACAUCCCCAACCUGUACAAUUCUCCUCUAGUACAGGAAUCUGUGAAGAACGUGUCAGAAGAUACUGGCAUUCCACCAUACGCCAUCAGUUACGUGAAGAAGUAUGUGACAGAAACAGAAACAGACACCAACACUAAGGUGCUUCACCUGGGAGCUCUUGACAGAAUCCUCACCUCUGCAGCUGACCAAGUGGAGAAGAUGAUUGAUUUAAAACUGCAGAAGAAGAUGUAUGAGGAUGCCCCUGAUACUGAGGAGACACAGGCUGUAUCUGAAGAUAAUGCUGAGCCGCUACAAGAUGAAUCAGUCAGCUGGGACAUCCCAGUGUUGAUAUCAUCUGGGAUAUUUAGAAUUGCAUCAGUCUGAGGCAUCAUUUGAAUACAAUUAUUAAGGAGUGCAGA